AACAAACACUGAAACAAAAAAUCUAAGUAGCUACGUAGAUACCUACCUACUUAUAUUAAAUUUAGCUAUAAAUGAGUGAAUACGGUUGAGCGGGUAGGAAAUUGGUAUGAAGUAAAAUAAGUUUAAAUACCUAAUUCAUGUUUCGAAAUUUCUACGUAAAUCAACAUUAAUUUCUACCACAUUCAUGCUUUUGAUCACAUAUUCGUAGGUCCUUUACUUUAUCAAUUGUAAUUAUUUAUCAUUCAUACGUGAUUGAUAAUUUUUUGAUAAGAUUUAAAUAACUAACUACUGCUGGUGCUUAAAGACUGCUAUAUCGUACACGCAAUUAUUAUUUGCGUAGAAAAAGAUGCCGUCAAUCGCUGGAAAGUACCAGCACUACAAGAACGAAGACAUUGAUGAUUAUUUCAGUGCGGUCGGUGUACCAUUUAUGGGUCGAAAAAUGAUGUCAAUGUCAUCACCAUUAAUGGAAAUUUCAAUUGAUGGGGAUACUAUGACUAUAAAAAAUUCAUCAUUGUUAAGAACAGUAGAACACAAAUUUAAGCUUGGCGAAGAAUAUGAAGAGAAAAUGCCCAAUUCCAUUAUAAAAAGUGUCACAACAAUCACCAAUGAUAGUGAAAUGGAGACAAAAUCUGUUAUACCUGACACAGGCGCUAAAUGUGGACGUCACUAUCAGUUUACUGAUGAAGAAUGUAUUGUGACUCUCACACAUGAAAAUGCAAGUGUUUCUGGGAAACGCUACUUUCGCAGAGUGCAGUAGACCUUAUGGUCAAAAUAUGAUUUAUAUGUAUAAAUAAGUAAUUAAAAAUUUACAAUGUCAAUAAGUUAUCAUUUUUCAAGUUUUACAAGAACUGGUUUAUGUGUACUUUUAUUAAAUGUAUGUGCCAACAACAA